AUGCACAGCUUCAUGGGUGGCGGCCUCUUCUGUGCCUGGGUCGGGACCAUCCUCCUGGUGGUGGCCACGGCGACUGACCACUGGAUGCAGUACAGGCUGUCGGGGGCCUUCGCCCACCAGGGCCUGUGGCGUUACUGCCUGGGCAACAAGUGCUUCCUGCAGACGGAGGGCAUCGCGUACUGGAAUGCCACUCGGGCCUUCAUGAUCCUGGCCUCGGUGUGUGCCACCUUGGGCGUCAUCCUGGGCUCCCUGGCCUUCGCCCAGCACCCCACCUUCACCCGCCUCUCCAGGCCCUUCACGGCUGGCAUCUUGCUGUUUGCUUCCACCCUUUUUGUUCUGCUGGCCUUGGCCGUCUAUACUGGGGUCACCGUCAGCUUCCUGGGCCGCCGCUUCGGGGACUGGCGCUUUUCCUGGUCCUACAUACUGGGCUGGGUAGCCUUGCUCAUGACCUUCUUUGCAGGGAUUUUCUACAUGUGCGCCUACCGGGUGCAUGAAUGUCGACGCAUGUCCACUCCCCGCUGA